AUGGAGUUUGUUGCGGGUAAUACAUUCGGUGCCGCCGUGUUUCCCUCAUACGGCGCCUUCAAUCUUUCGUACGCCAUGAUCUACAUCCCUGGAACUGGAAUCCCUACUAGCUACACGGACAAGGAGACGGGAGAGCUCAACGGCCAAUUCACGCAGGCGCUUGCCAUGUACGUCUGGGCGUGGUUCAUUCUCACCAUCAUCUUCACAGUGUCUGCCAUGCGCUCGUCGUGGAUUCUGUCCAAGAGCAUUCCAAGUUCAACAUUAUUAUGA